UUGGUGGCAAAGUGUGCAUUUCUUCUCCUUUGCAGUUGGACAGGUGACCUCUGCACUUGCACAUCCCACGUGUUCCUACUGACCUGCUUGGUAGAGGUUUGGUUUGAAGAAAGGACAGAGUUCUUGCAGCAUGUCUCUAGAAGGUGCAUCAUCCAUUUAAUCCCUCUUGAACAAAACAACAAGUCUCCUAGUAGUGGUUGUAGAAUGCGGGAACUGAGUGCAAAUCUUCAUCUUAAAGCUUUUAGGUUAAGCCUUGACUUUUUCAGCCCCCAAGCUAUUAUGGAUGUUACUGUUUCCUUUACAAAUUUUGUUUAUUUUUUUGUUGAGUAAUGCAAGUUUCAGUGGUUCCAGGGUGCCUCCUCUGCCUUUUCCAUGACAACCUCAAAGGAGGGUGAAGAGGAAUGAGAGGGAAAAGGAAUAGGAAGGGAUGCCCCAAACUCAAACUAAAUAUUUAUGGAAUGGAAAUGCCAAGAACUGGACUCUUAAUAUGAGGCAGAUAAAGCCAAAAGCUGCCAAGGUCUCCUCUCCCUGCCUUGAGAAGUAGUGCUCUCCUCCAGGGGAUGGAUAUGAGUUUGCUGAUGAGCUUUUCUAGCACUCUCUGCAGCUCUUUCUGGAUCAAAGACACAGCUGGGCAGAAAGGUGAGUUUGUUCUCCACAGCCUGCUUAGCCCUUGGUUCCUCUGAAAAUGCUGGUAAAAGGCUAUUUUCCCUGUUGCAUCAUUCUUCUGGGUCACCUUGCUGUAAGCAGAGCUGGUUAUAGAGCCUGUGGUGCCUGUUGCAUCUGGUGUGCUAUACAGUCCCAGGGCAGGGGCAGGCACUGGGGUUCCCCCAAGCCACCAAGGUUGGAUACCCCUCACUGCAAGGCUGCGCCAGUGUUCAAAGAAUGGGAUGAGCUUGGGUCCAGCCCCGGGUGGUGAUGGACAGCCAGCCAGCAGCACCUGGCUGGGGCAAAGGGGCAUGUCACUAGCAGGGAAUUCUGUGGUUGCUUUCCAUCUGGCACAUGCAGCUUUGCCUGGUGAGCACAGCACACAUGUCCCCAGUAGAUGGGCUGCUGCUGCAGAGGAGAUCACACUCAGGGUAUCAGGGCAAAACAUUUAAGGCUUACGGAUACUUACUUUGCCCCAGUACUCAUCCUUCAGGAGCUCCCUUGGAGCUUCUUCCAGGGGGAGGAGGCUGGGGCCAGACGGACCGUGUGACGCAAGGAAGAAGCAGAUGUAAAAACUCAGUUUUGCGUGAAUGGGAAGUCAGUGUGAGCACGCAGCCUUGCCGAUCUGCUCGCUUUCAUUGUGUGCUACCCCAGUGCAGCCUCAGAGCCGAGCCUGCUCUCUGCCACGUGGAUUUGUCCUGCUGCCCUCCUCGGUUUGAGCAGUGUGCAUGUCUUUGCAAGGACUCGGGCAGUGACUUUCCCAUCCUACUAAAUGGGAGAAAGGAUCAGCCCCCUUACACAGGCAAUGCUGGUGUGAAUGCUGUGAUGUUCCUCUGCUUUCUGUCUCUGCGUGUCCACAUUACAGUCAGCUCUGCCAGAACUAACAGCCUAUUCUGCUCUCCAAUGUUAGCAAGUGCUGGGACUCCAUAGAGUGCAUGGGAAUCCCCCUGCCCUCAGAGAUGCCUGAAUCCUUGCAUGGAGGCUCACAUGUGUUGCAUGUACACCUUGGGGGCAGAAGAGGCUUGCGUGUGGGUGUAUCAUCCUGGUUCAAGAGCUGCAGUAGAAAACUGCAGAGAUAUUUGUGUGAAUUUCCUCUUUCUUUCUUGCCUUUUUUUUUUUUUUUGGAUGUCUUGUUCUUCUCCCCUGAUUUACUGCGUGUGCUCACGUGGCUUUGGAAAGUUGGAAAGGGGAGUUCUCAAACUGUUUUCCUUCCAAAAGGAAAAGAAGCUGGCAGGCGUCCAUAUUUCAGUCCUUGAGUUAUGUAGGUUAAAGUCUCCCAGUGGGAAAAUGGAAGAUAUGAGAGAUCAGAUUGCCAGUGAUGAUACUCGCUAAAAGGAAAACAGAAAAAAGGAGCACGUAAUUCUAGAGCUACAUCCAGACGAAUGAGAGGUUUGAGAGGUGAGCAAUGUGAUAGAAAAGUGCUGCUAGCACAUGAAUUUCCUGCAGAACCUCCCUUUUUACUGGCACCAACAUGCAGAGCAACUACUCCCUGGUCGUCACCACCAGAGAAACUCUCCAAGUCCUCCAUACGUCACUGACGAACUCAUCGGCUGCAUCGCGCUCGCCCCCUCCCUGCCCACUUAUCUCUUCAGAUUAUCAGUUUUCACUAAUUCCAGCACUCUUCUCUGUGGUUUUUGUUCUGGGGCUGAUUGGCAACAGCGUGGUGGUUGUGGUGCUUUGUCGUCACAGUGGGCCCAAAAUAGUUGCUAAUAUCUACAUUUUCAACCUGGCCAUGGCAGAUUUGCUGUGCCUCGCCACGCUUCCCUUCUGGGCUACCUACUACGCGCAGGGGUACAACUGGCUCUUUGGGUCUCUCAUGUGCAAAAUCUCCAGUUCCGUCCUGUGCUUGAACAUGUUUGCAAGUAUAUUUUUCAUUACGUGCAUGAGUGUGGACCGAUACCACGCUAUUGUCCAUCCUAUUCGCUCUCAAAGAAGAACUCCAGAACAAGCUUAUUUUAUAGCACUGGUUGUGUGGGGCCUUGCCUGUUCAUCUUCCCUCCCAACGUUUUACUUCCGUGACACUCAAUACAUUGAAAGCUUGGGGGUCAAUGCUUGCAUUAUGGCCUUUCCUCAUGAGAAUUAUGCGAAAUGGUCUGUGGCAACAGCCUUCCUGAAAAAUGCACUUGGUUUCUUCAUCCCCUUGACAGUGAUCACCACGUGCUACAUCUGGAUCAGAAUGCACUUGCUCAAAGCACAGGAGUUUGGGAAAACCAAGCAGAAGAGGGACAAAGUCCUAAAGCUGGUGGCUGCUGUUGUUGUGGCCUUCUUAAUUUCCUGGCUUCCAUUCCACAUUUUAACAUUUUUGGAUGCUUUGGCUCAUAUGAACAUCAUUAACAACUGUGACGUGACAGGGAUCAUCGACACAGCACUGCCAUUCGGCAUCUGCAUGGCAUUUGCCAACAGCUGCAUCAACCCUUUGCUGUACUGCUUUAUUGGGAACCAGUUCCAGGAGAAGCUCCAUCGCUUGUUUAAGCGACAAGUUUAUCAGUUCAACAGCCAUCAAGAAAGCUCUUCUUUGAGGAAAGGGAGCUACUUCAGAGAUGCUGAGACCCCCGUGGGCAGGGAAGGGGGGCCCGAGUCCUUGCUGUAGGCACUAGGGCAUGAUGUGGGGCCAUGUCAGUGCAGCUGGCUGUCCCUGCAGUGGUGACACUCCUCUCUCCUGUUCCCUUUGUUUUGUGCCCAUUCAUUCACCAGCUGUUUGAAGGAGAAUCUGGUUUUCUCAUACAUGGGGAUUUAUUUUUCCUUCCUUUCUGCAAUGAGCACUCAAGUUUUACAUAGAGAGAAGAUUCGGGCAAAUAAAUAUAUUGAUGGCAUUUUAAAUAUCAGCUUCUGUGUGGCUGAGAUCAGGCAAGUGUUUAGUGUAACACAAAAAGCCAAAAUAUACCAAAGGACCAUUGCAAGAUAGCUACAAUUGCUUAGGUGCUGAGUAUUAUUCCCUAAGCUGAUUUUCUAAAAGAGAUUCUCACUAAAGAGUGUGUAAAUAAAGCAGUGCAGAUACUUCUGUACCUAUCUGUAAGAAAAUAUUUUGACCUUGAUUUUUAUAGAUAUAUAUAUAUUAUUUUUUAAAAAUGUAUGGCUAGAGAUGUCACAUGUAAAAUGCAUCAAAUAUACCUCCUGCCUGCUUAGGCCUGGGAUCCUCAGAACAGGUGGAGACAUAGUUCUGCAAACUGCUGGAGGCAGGAGAGUAGCCUUGCAGGAAAGUACAACCACAUGCAUGUUUUUAUACCUUUCCCAUAGCAGGUAACAGGUUCGCAGGCCAGAUGGUCCUUUGCUUUGUUUCAGUGUGGUCACUUUUGACAGUAAUGCCCCAGGAACAUGCUAUGUCCCACUGCUGCUUGGGCAUGCUGAGUCCCACGAACUGUCCAGCAGCCUUCAGGGAAAGGAUUUGUUGAUUGUCUAGAGUUUUUGCAUUUUAAAUGUCAAUUGCUACUGGAAUUUUGAGGUACUGUGUACAGAAAGCCUAAGUGACUCUGUGUUAACACCCAGAAGCAAAACCAUAGUGUGACUCACCCACAUCUCAGUAUGGGAUUUUACUAAUUUGUAAAUAAAAGAAAGA